AUGACAUCCUGGAUUGCAGCUGCGCUCAUCGCCCCGCUUCUUGCGACUAUUUUCUGGACGAUCUCUUCGACUUCUUCCGGCUCCUUUCCUACCCUGCGCAACAAGCGCAUAUGUCUCCUCAUUGCGCAUCCCGAUGACGAGGCGAUGUUCUUUGCGCCAACUGUGCUGGCGCUCACGAGACCAGAACUAGGCAAUCAUGUAAAGAUCUUGUGCUUGAGUACAGGCAAUGCAGAUGGCCUAGGCGACAUUCGCAAGAAAGAGCUCGAGAAAAGCGCCGUUCACCUGGGCCUCCGCCACGAAUCCGACGUUUUCGUGAUAGACGACCCCGCACGUUUCGAGGAUAGCAUGACCAUCACCUGGUCCGCCCAGGAUAUCUCCUCUCUUCUCGCAUCGGCCUUUGCUCCCGAGUUCUCUUCCAAAACAAGCGACGCUCCCCCCAAAGCUACCAUCGACGUCAUCCUCACAUUCGACGAGCACGGUGUUAGCAACCAUCCCAACCAUCGAUCCCUAUAUCACGGCGCAGUGGCGUUUCUGAAGGCGUUAAUGAAGGACAGAAGCGGGUAUUCAUGUCCUGUGUCAUUGUACACGUUGACAAGCACAAACGUUUUGCGAAAAUACUCGGGCAUCCUCGACUCCUUCUUGACAAUGGUCAUCGGCACAGUCGCCAAUUUGGUUGACUCUGUAGGAAUUGGCGGUGGCAAGAAGUACGAUAAUGCCAAUAAUACUAAUAAUGGAUGUGCCAGCCAUCUUCUGUACGUCAGCUCGUUCAAUGACUGGGUACAAGCGCGCACGGCAAUGACAGAUGGCCACAAGAGUCAAAUGCUGUGGUUUCGAUGGGGCUGGAUUACCAUCGGACGGUAUAUGUUUGUGAAUGAUUUGAAGAAGGAAAGGGUUUAA